UAGGAGGUCUUGAUGAGCAUUCUAUAUUCAGUGGAGUAGGGUCGACGUAACACGUGUUAGGUCGAGCCAGUGCGUUUAUUUAAAGCCAGUAGAGAGGUACUAAUUUCAUCGAAAACCAGAGGGUCUCCGUCAGUUAACCGUAAGCUGUAUUACUAGAACCUCAUUUAGCUUGUAAUCGCGCUGCUGGGUUAAACAAGGGUCGAAAAUUCGAACAAUAUAGAAGGGAAUCUCGGUUUUUUUCAACCGAAGCACGUCCGUGAUCAAAAAAUAGCGAAUUGAUUCUGCGAGACAUCAUUACAACGAUCGAUUAUUUUUGCACAACGAACACCAAGAAACUAAAAUCAUAAUCGGCUGAGAAGGAGGAGGAGAGCUCUAUGUGCACCACAUUGUCUUUUUCGAGCAAUAAUACACAUAUUUUCGGAGGUACUCUUGUUGGACACUCUAAGAGUUCCUUGUUUACCAGUCCCAGCCUGAUUAGAUACGUAAACAACACACGACAUGCACAACGAGAUCACAGCGGCAGUUUUAUUCUUAGUAAAGCUGAUAGACAAAAGCGAAAAAUUUAGUCCUGACCAGUUGAAAUGCUUUCAAAGACGUCUAGUCGAGCUUCUGAUGGAACGAUUCAAGAACCAUUGGUUUCCUGACAAGCCGUUCAAGGGUCAGGGCUAUCGUUGCAUCCGGGUUAAUGGCCAUAGUCGGAGGGAUAAAACCCUUGAGAGUGCAGCUCGAGCUGCAGGUGUUAGGUAUGAGGAUUUGUCCCUGCCUGUCGAACUAACACUUUGGGUUGAUCCAAAUGAAGUAUGCUGUCGCUUUGGGGAAAGCAAAGGUUCCUAUUGUACCCUCGCCUCUUUCGACGACAAGGAAAAUGCCGUGCCUAUGCUCCAGCUUGGCGGCCAUAACGUGACAAAGGAACCCAGGCACAUCGAAGAGUCUACAAAAACACAGGUCAUCAUUCGCAUAUCUGGACAGAAAUUGCUAACGAAGUCUCAUGCGGGUCCCAGUGUCAGCGAACACCAUAGCAAGUCAAAGCCUCUGAGCGCCGUGAAUCAAAAUCAGCAACAUUCUAGCAGUAGUGCAGGUAGGAGACGUAAUUUGCAUAGCCCAAGGCCACACGUCAAUAGAAAUCGUUCAUGGUUCAACCACUCCUUCAGCAUGGGUUAUGGUCCGCACCCAAUGAAUCAGCCAUGGUACAAUGUGAUGCCUCCACCCCCAUUUAUGGGGGGCCCAUCUCCCCCUCCCUUCAUGGGUCACAGGGGCAACAAAUGGGCGCAUCCUUCCUCAUAUCCUGCCGGUCCUGCCAGAUUCCAUCACUGGUCUCCCAAAGCUGCUCUUAAAGUCUAAAUUCCAACGAUCAUACAAUACCCAGGACAGUUGAGUCCGCUGCAUACUUUGAGAAUAUUUUUUUUUCACACCAUUAUGUUGCCGAUUAAUUAAAACUAAAAAAUUUUAUUUCCAGCUCCUAUCAUUGCAUACUAUACAUAUAAUUGAUGAUGAUUGACAAGCAUGAAUGAAUUAGUUUUAGUUUAAAACUUGAUACUUAUCUCCAUUUUUCUUUAGUUGUUUGCUCAAUCUGAUAUUGUAUGAUAUUUUUAUGAUUGGUUACAGUACCUUACAAUUUUCACAGCAUAAAACAAACAAUAAUUUUCCAAUGCUUGCAAAAUUGAAAAAUUAAUAUAUAUUGCAUUAAUUAAUAUAUAUUUUGAAACAAUAACAAUACAGCAAUUGGUAAAGUGAAUUUUCUUACUUCUUAUGUGACGCAGGAUUAUGUUUCCUAUGUUAACAUGUCCUUAUUAUCAAAAUGGGAAAAUGAAUACAAAAAGUUUGCAACGGAUUUCUCCUGUAUAUCCCUCUAGAAAAUGACCAAACGCGCUAUCAAUAUUUACCCUGUAUAAACGAAACCCACUCGAACUUCGAUUAAGGUUAACGAUUUUCAAUAAUGAGCUAUAUUAUAUGUGUAUUAUAUGUUGCAUUGUAAUAUUCUAUUCAUAAAGAUUAGAUUUGCUUGACCAAAUUAAACUCAUCAAGCUAUUUACACUGAACAUUAAUUAUGUUCAUAAUAUUAUUGCAUAGAAUGCCCUAUUUUUUACAUAAGGUUUUGUACAGUGCCGUUCUGGCAAAAAAUUUAAAAUAGAUGACGAAGAUACAAAUCAAUAAUGUUGUAAUUGAAUUUCGAGCCACUUUGUACAUUUCCCAAAUUUUAAAUAAUUAACAAAUGUUAUUUUGGUUUGCUGAAUCUAUUCUUCACGAAUGUUAUAUUGCGAAUGAAUAUUAGACGAAAUUGAAUAUAAUACUUAUUAGAUGUGUUAUUAUUACUAAUGAUAAUAACUUGAGCUGAAGUGCAAUGUUUCUUUGAUGAUUAUACGACAUCAUAAUAUGUCGAAAUUAGGGAUUAGCGGUAGUCAAAGUAGGAUAGUAUCGGGCUACAAGAUUCGUAAAAUUGUAAAAGUAUCACGGAUAAAAUACCACAUGCGUAUUUCAAUUUAACUGUAACAUACUAGAACUGGAUAAUAGAGUCUGAUAAUAUAUCGUUAUAAUAGAGAAGAUUCGUCGAUUUUUCAUAUAUUGUAUCUUUAGAUCAAUUUAGUAUUAUUAUUAUUUUUUCUACAUUAAACGAUGUGUCUGCAUUUUUUAUUUUUUACUUCCUAAGAAUACAAUCGCGUGAUGCAAUUAUAGAUCGACCAGUAUACUUUUGUCGUAGAUAGAUAAUUUAAUUGAAUUUAUUCUGUUGCCCUGUACCUACCGAGAAUUCCUUAAUUUUUCUUUUCUUCCUUUCUAUUACACAUCCUUACCUGAAUACUUUGCAUAAUACUUAAACGUGCAAUUGAUCAUUAAUGAUUGUUACCAAUAUCACGAUUAGUUAUAAAUAUUUAUAAUUUUUUAUACACACAUCUUUGUUCGAAGUGUUAUUUGUUGUGAAUAGUCCUACGUGUGAAACGUUGCGAGUAAUCUUUUUUGUCUCAAUAAUGCACUUGAGUGAAAAGGCAGCUGCAUGAAAGUACACGUUAAUACCACAAUGAUAAUGGUAAUGAUGAUGUUGAUGAUAAUAAUAAUAAUAAUAAUAAUACACACAAUAAUAAUAUUCAUAAUAAUAAUGACGAAGACGUCGAUGACAAUGAUGAUGAUAAUUAACUUUAAAUAACAAAAAAAUAUUUAUUUUUACAUUAUUUGGUGGAUAACAGCUCGCAACGUUCUAAACUGUGUUACUAUUUUGUGUGUGUGUGUAUAUAUAUAUAUAUAUAUCUCAACGUGUAUUUACAUAAUAUUAUAUACACGUAAAUCUGUAGUCUGUUUUCGGACAGAUAUGUUAUUACAAAAGAGAAAGUGAAAAUAAUUGAACGAAUGUGAAAAAAAGAUAACUCCUCAUUCAUGAGGUUGCAUUUUUAAAGCAAAGUAAGCAAUAUGUUUUGUUUUCUGUUCAUCAUCGUAGUCGUGUUUUGGAUAUGGCACAAAAAUCAUGUCCGUAAAUUGUAAUUAUAUUAUUAUGUUACUUGUAUAGAUAUAAUCUUGCCAAAGAAGCAUUGCAAUCGAGCAUGAAAUAAAGUUAUAAAUAUAUGUCUAUUUUUUACUAACCGAAAAAAGUCAUCGUUAUUUGGCAGAAAAUAAGAAAUGUUUGCAUACCAUAUACAAUGAUUAUGUAUAACGUGUGUGUAAACUAUCCCCGAAGGGUUACAGAAUAAUUUAAGUAUGCAUUUUUUACAAAAAGAAAAAAAAAAAAAAGAGAAAAAGAAAAAAGUUAAAAUAUAUCGUAUGUUUAUCUACCAGAAGUUUUCUAUUAUCCAGUUACAUUAAUUUAUUAUUAUAAUGGACAACAGUCAAGAACUGAAAUCAAGAUAGGAGAGAAGCGUAUCUGUAAAUACCUUUGCGGAAAAAUUAUAUAAUUCCAGGUACAUAAUUGAAUAAAUUAUACACCUCAAGGACAAAAAAUAGAACAAUUAAAAUCAUAAUACAUAAAAAACUUUGAUGUGUCGCGGAAAUUGGAUGACACCGGGUAAUUUUGUUAAAAAUCGUAAAACAUGUGGUAAAAUAUUUGAGGUAUAUAUAUUUAUAUGAAAAAAAAAAUAAAAAAAUUAAAAAAAUUCAUACACGCUAGAAGACGUUAAUAAUAAAAUUGAAGAAAUAAACAAGUCAAGAAAAGUGACUGUUAUUUAAUGGAGAUAUAUAAAUAUAUAUACAUUAUAGCAAAGACCAUGAGCUUUUAUAGGUAAGAACGGAAAUACAAAUAAAUUGCUUUUAUAUAAUUUUCCCGUGCAGUGUCUCUAAAUAAGAUAUUAUUCUGAGAGCUCAAUGAUGGAAUAAUAAAAUGUUAUACGUCUGUAAUUUAAAAGUAAUAUAUUGAAAGUGUUUGAUACGUAUUGAAUUAAGAUUAUUAUGGUAAUGUAAUGGAUACGACGCUAAUUGUUUUUUCUUUUUCUUUAAUACAUGUAUAUGAUAUUUUUAGAUUUUCUGCUUUACCGGCGUUGGAAAUGCUUUUGUCUUUUCAAUACGUUUAUAACGUAUUAGAAAGAAAAAAAAAUGGAUAGUAAAAUUCAUCGUUAUAAUGAUUACGUUUUGUUUUAUGUACAGUUAUAAUAACAAUAAUAAUCGAG